AUGAUUUCAGACACAAUACCUUCAAGUUUCCCCAAUGCAUCGCAAGCUUUACCUAUGUAUCCUAUGACUGAUCAUCAAAACCAUAUUAAUGUUCCAUAUUCUUGUCUUGAAGCACCUGGUUCAGGCUCAGAUCAGGCUCCUUCAACCUCUCUCCUCUAUAACCUAUCCAUCUUGGAAGACAAAGUUAAUCAGCUUCAAUCACUUGUUAGCAUCCUUAUCUCCCCAGAUCAAAUUCACCCUGAGUCAACUAGGUCUUUAGCCAUAGCAAACAUGGAGUCUUUGGUUCAAGAAAUCAUCGGAGCCGCCUCUUCCAUGGUAUUGGUUUCCCAGCAUAUGUCUCUUGGAACCACUUCAGGUAAUAAUAACGCGAUAUCUAAACAGCCCAACUUUACCGAUGACUUUGCUGGUGGCAACUUAGUUCAAGAAAGAGGACAGGGGUCUUAUCCUAGUACUGAUCAAACAUUUAGCUGGUAUGACCGGAAUAGCAUCCAUAAUAAUCGAAGUUUGCAAGUUGGUAAUGCUGAUAAGUUGAAGGAAAGGAAAGAAUUGGGUGAAAUGGUUCAAAGAAGCGAAAUCAGUGAAGGGUCACAAGGGGAUGCAAGUACCAAUUGUGAUAUAGUGGAAUUGGAUGCUGAGGACUUGUUAGCUAAGUACACACAUUACUGCCAAGUUUGUGGCAAAGGGUUCAAGCGAGAUGCGAAUUUGAGAAUGCACAUGAGAGCUCAUGGUGAUGAAUACAAGACCAACGCUGCUUUGGUUAACCCCAUGAAGAGUCAAGAGGGAAGUAAUAAUGGCAUGGGAAACUGUUCGAUGAAAUUCCCAAAGAGAUAUUCAUGCCCUUAUGAAGGGUGUAGGUGGAACCAGAAACAUGCCAAGUUCCAACCCUUGAAAUCCAUGAUCUGUGUGAAGAAUCACUACAAGAGAAGCCAUUGUCCCAAGAUGUAUGUGUGCAAGCGUUGCAACCGGAAGCAGUUCUCGGUGCUGUCGGAUCUCCGAACUCAUGAAAAGCACUGUGGUGAUCUUAGGUGGCAAUGUUCUUGCGGAAACACAUUUUCUAGGAAAGAUAAGCUUAUGGGUCACGUUGCUUUGUUCGUUGGACACCGUCCAGUUGUUGCUCAUUCCUUACACUAA